AAGUUGCUUAGAAAAGCAAAAAAACAAACAAAAUGGUGCAUCCGAGCUUGUCUGAGCACUUGCACAACGACGAAUGCAACAAUGUGAUUCAACAGCUCCACCAGUGCCACUCAACACACUCGGUUGCCAAGUUCUGGGGCGCCUGCAACGAUCUCAAGAAUGCGCUGGACGACUGCCUGGGCCGCGAGUUUGAAGUGCGGCGGCUUCGGAAUCUGGAAGAAGCGAGAGAGCGGAAUCGGCGCGUGGACGAGGCGCGGGCGCUGCUAUUGCCAAUGUCAAAGUCAGACCGCGAGGAUCUCACGCGCCGCCAGACAGAGCGAAGGCAGAAUUGGGAGCGAACACACGCUGAAGGCGCACCUCAAUGAACCCCCGUAGGACAUGCGCGAUUCAACGGCUGAGCUGUUGCAGUAACACAUUUUUGUAAAAGUUGUAGAAUUUUUUGUACUGUUCGGCAAUCAAUGCCAUCA